CAGGUGUCUUCAAAAGAUUGAAUUUCCACAAAUAGUGUAAGAAGUGGGUUAGUGGCCGUGGGCUUGUAGAAAAUGAAUAAGACUUUGUGGGCUGGUAGAAACUAAAAUGUAAAAAGGAAGUAACAGCAACAGUGAACGGUUUUACGCGAAAAGGCGGAGAGGAGAAGACCAAUCAAUCCCUCCGAAUUAUGUGGUAUAAACAGCACGGGCUGAUGUGGCAAUAGUCUUAUAUUGACAUUGCCUUAUAUGUUUUUGUAGAUAUGUUUUUGUAGAUUUAAUUGAUCCAAUUCAAGAAAGAAAAGAAGACAGGGGGAGAAGUGUUACUUACUGAUGGGCCUCCAUUUGUUGGAUCCAGGUUUCGAUCAGAGUCCGCGAGGCUGAUCCCAAUUCGAUCAGGCCCAAAGCUCAAGGUAGAAAAAGAAUGAAAGACCCAGAAGGUUAUUUAGGCAAAUUUGUUGAGUCGGGUAUCAAUCCAAUCGACUCACUAAUUAUUCCUAAUCCCCACUCACUAAUUCUUCACUAAAUGAUGAUAGACUAGCGAUAAGUACUCCAUUUUCUUAUACUAAUAAUUGAAAACAAUUUCAACUGCAAUGGGACCUCAAGGGAACUAGCAACAUCAUGGUACGGUAACACACGAUUCUCAGGUGCUCCUGCGGUAACUUUACUGUCAGAUUACAAGUUAGUUAGCUAUGUUAUGGCACGACAACAAACAAUUCAAGUUGCGUCUCGAUUUGGACCAGAUCGAUUAAAUUCAAAAUAUCAUCUGACACGACAGAUCAUGAAAGUUGACAUGUCAUCAUGUCAAUUACGAUAAGAGAUAAAUGGGUUGAGGUGAACCCUUGUUAUACUGAACCAAGUACAACGGAGGAUCAAUCAAUGUUUCAGAAACCGUAGCUUAUAUAUCAUCCGUUCAUAGUGGUAAUACUAGGUACAGGAUUCCAACCGAUAGGCAAUUUUAACAACAUUACAUGAUCGAAUCACAAUUUACAACAAAAUACUACACCAUUAACUUUUUUCCCGAUAUAACAUCGGAUAAUAUUUAACAAUUUAUUUUAGUUACAACCAUAAAUUACUCAUGUAUACCACCCAACAUUUUCCUCAUAAUAAACCCCACCUUAUAAUUAACGACGCAUUCUCUCACUCCGCAAAACAACAAUUCCAACCGAUGGCGCAAAAGCCAAUACUCGCCACCUUCAACGCCUUCCUCCUCUUCUCCUCCACCGCCGCCGCCUCAAUCCCCACCAACCUCAUAAAGCAAACCUGCAACCAAACGCCGGACUACAACCUCUGCGCCUCCACCCUCACCGACGACCCACGCGGCCCCAACGCCGGCGACGUCCCUACGCACGCCCUCAUCAUGAUCGACUCAGUCAAAGCCAAGGCCACGUCGACGCUGGAGGAGAUCAAGCGGCUGAUGAAACAAACGGCGCCGUCUCUCAACCGCUCAAUGAAAAAGAGGAGAUCGAGCAUAACAAAACCGAACAUGAGAAAAGGGUUGGGGUGACGCAAUAGGGCUUCCUUGGUAGCAUUCUCUUCGGGUAUUAGCGGCCAAAAAGUUAGGCCCAAAAGCUACGAACCUGCAGUGACACGUCAUGGGAUUAGGGAUUAUGUUGCACUACUACUAGCACCGUGGGCUGGCUGGAUCGUCGGAGUACUGUUUUGGUUUUUACGAAAACUCCCCAAGAACAAGUUUCCUACUCUAACCAAAACAUGUGGCCGAGCACUGGACAGUAACAGAUGAUCAUGUUUCCAUGUUGGAAAGAAAAACGUUUCACCUAAUGAGCAAAGCCUUGUUAUACGUACGUUAUAUGGAUCCUUUUCAAAACCCAAAAUCUCGACGAGAGAGGGCAAAAUAUGAAGCUCGAGUGAUUUGAAUCAUGAUACUAGCUAAAUAUGAGGCAACUUGUAUGCGGGGGAAAAAAGAAUGAUGAUAGUAAAGCAAGGGACUAUUGGUUUACCAGAUUGUGCUAUUUUCUUAAUUCGUUACAAGUUCUGUGUAUAUUUUGUGUAGUUGACGUUGAAGUGGUGAAUUAUAUACUGUAUUUUUGUAUUAAAAAACAUGUUAUGCUAUAAACUAAAUUCGUACGGUUAACGUUUUGGUACAAAAAAUUUAGUUUUUACUUACAUUUUUCAAUAAAUUUUUUAUGGUACAAACUGAAAAUAUAUUUUUCUUUUAUAAUAAAAUUCAAUUUGUAUCCAUAUCUUUUCGUAUAUAUCAUUUUGAUACAAACUAAAUUCCUACAUUUAUUAUUAUUACUAUGAUACAAAUUCAAUAUAUAUCUGAAAACACCAAUACUUACAAGCUGCAAGCAUUCUAAAAUUCCUCAUUAUUAACAUAGUUAGUAAAAUACGGUAUAGGAAAGUAACGUAAAAAAUAUGUACGGGUAUUUUACUUUGUCUCUAUGUUAGUGUUACGUUUAAUAUUAUGUUAAUAGUCGUAAAUAUAUAAAAUUAAUUAUGUUAGAAAUGAAAAAAUAUAUAAAUAAUAGUGAAGUUAAUAAUUUAAUUCAUUAAAUACGGAUAUUAAACGUGUUAUACGAAUUUUAUAUGUGUUUAAUACGGGAGCCAUCAAAUAAACGGACAAAAAUGAAACGGCUUCACAAUAAUACUAAUACAAAAAUUUUAAAUAAAUAAAAUACAUACGGAUACAGUAUUAACUUAAGUAUUUAGUAACUAUGAUUAUUAAUGAAACUGCACAUCAGUUGUCCAUAUCGGACCACUCAUGUGAGUCAGUCAUGUCGACAGUCGACCACGCUGAGUAAGUUUUGGGUUGGAAAUCUGAUCAGCUAGAAAUGGAUGGCCCACUGGGCCCAUUUGUGUAUUAGGCUUAACUUGAUCUUGCCCCCAGAAAUAGCAAUUGUAACUAUACUUUUUCUGAAAAAUAUUUAUAGUACAAACGAAACAUGCAUCUUUACUUUGAGGUAUUAAUUUAUAUCUUUCCGUACAAAAUAUUUUAUAGUAAAAAUUAAAUUCGUGUUUUUACCGUUAUCACACACAAAUUCAACUUAUAACUGUAAACACCAAAUGCUUAACGAGCAAUCUAAAGUUCCUAAUUGGUAACAAAACUACACGUCAGUUGUCCAUAUCGGUCCACUCAUGUCGACCACGCUGAGCUCAGUUUUGGGUUGGAAAUCUGAUCAGCUCGAAGUGGGAAGGCCCACUGGGCCCAUUGGUGUAUUAGGCCUUAACAUGAUCUUGCCCCCAGAAAACAGCGGAGGAAGAGUUCGGUCAAAAUCACAUGAUCACAUUCACAUGGUUGGGUUCGUUUUGUUUGUGUGUGAUUUCUUUUGGGCUUUCUCGUAAUUUGCUGUUCCCGUUGGUUAAAAUGAAAGAGUUACAAAGGU